UCGAAGGUGGGAAAAUGGCGUCUGGAAAGUUGGUCCUGUGUUUUUCACUCUCUAUAGCUGUUAUAUUGGUUCAAAAAUGGUAAAACUCUAGAUAGAAUAAUGCAGGAACUAAAGCUCCGUAGUCCUGCCGGCUCUGACCCUCUGAYAUAUUCUUGGCCGCUCCAAAAUCGAGAUGGGAGAGAUGAUGCAACAGAAAUUAUUGAAACUAUCAGAUGGGUCUGUGAAGAUUUUCCUGAACUUAAAUUAGCAGUUGAAAACUGUAUUCUAGUAAACUUCGAUCCUACAAGCUAUGAAAGUAUGUGCAAACUUUGUGAGCGUUAUAAUAGAGCAAUCGAUGGAAUCCUUCAGCUGUGGAAAGGGAGAGCGCCACCAUCAUGUAUUAACACAGCGCCAUCACAGGAUCUUUUAAGAUUUAUUAUACAGAUGGUAUACUCAAGAGCAGUAAAAGACCCAGACAGACUAAACAGCUAUGAACCAUUUUCACCUGAGGUUUAUGGAGAAACAUCAUUUGACCUAAUAGCUCAAAUGAUAAAGGAAGUCCCAAUGGGCCAAGACAAGACUUUUGUUGAUUUAGGCAGUGGUGUAGGACAGGUUAUCCUACAAGUUGCGGCAUCUGGUAAUGUCAGAGAGUGCUAUGGUAUUGAAAAAGCUGAUAUUCCUGCUUCUUAUGCCAAGGAAAUGGAUAGAUCAUUUAGGAAACUUAUGAAUUGGUUUGGAAAAAGUUAUAAACCUUACACAUUAGUUAAAGGAGAUUUUUUGGAUAGCAAAGUAAGAGAGAAAAUUGUUACCUCAGGGAUUAUUUUUGUCAAUAACUUUGCUUUUGGACCAUCUGUGGACCAUAAACUCAAGGAAAUGUUCUCACAUAUGAAAGAAGGAACUAAAAUAAUAUCAUCUAAAGCUUUUUGUCCACUUAACUUUAGAACAACUACUAGAAAUUUAUCAGAUAUUGGUACAAUAUUACGAGUAUCAGAGCUUAAACCAGUAGGGGGUGCUGUAUCAUGGACAGGAAAAUCAGUGUCUUACUAUGUCCAUGUCAUUGACAGAACACUGCUGGAGAACUUCUUUGCUGAUCUAAAAAGGAGAAAGGAGGGUCGGGAUCUGAGUGAUCAAAGCAGUUACAGUGAGUCUGCUACUAGUGCGUGUAAUCUUGGAGAGCUUGAUGAUGUCAUGCUAGGGGUAUCAACUCGUCAGCAGUGGCAGCACUUGAUCACACAGAUUGAACAUUCUACUGAAAAUAAGAAGAGAAGCAAAUCAGGUCGUAAACCCAAACUAAAGAGGGCAAUAAGUCAAGAUAAAGAGAAUAUAGCCACAGGAAAAAAGAAAUCCAAGAAGGCCCAUAAGCCAAGUGCAGCACAGAAAGUCUGCAGGAAAUACCAACAGCAAAAUCUCAGUAAGCAAAGGCUGAAGAAAGAUAGACCAAGGAAUGGCAGGGUAUACAAGAAGUCUGGACUCAUGACUAAACUUAAAGAUAAGAACAAAAAAGAAGCCAAACUAGCAGCAGCUGCCCUGGAAAAUGCCACCCGCAUGGCUUUGGAGAACCUAAAGUCAAAAGGACCAUGUUCUGGGGGCAUAAGAUUAUCAUCAGCCACCCCUCCCCCAGUAACAUACAGUAAUGUCAACAACAACAUGUACUACACUGGAGUUCAUACUCUUCCUGGUCUUGACCAAUUACUUGAACUUUAUCGGUAUCAGUUUAUCCAGUUUUAUCACUACAUGCAAACACCUCAGUACMUGGAAAGUUUAAACCGACAGAUAUUGGAAGAAAAGGAAAGAAGAAAGGAGCUUUGCACCAAAAUAGACCAAGUAGAGAGCCAGAUAUCUAUACUUCAGAAAGAUGCACUGUCUUCUUUGAACCAGCGUAUGAGUGAGAUUGGUCUUUCUGUCACAACCCCUAGAGAGCUGCUWCUCAAGGCAGGAGAACUCCUUGCACAGCAUAAAAGGCUCAAAGAAAAAGUUAAACGCCUUGAGAAAGAAGUUAGAAGUCUAGAGCGUUAUAACACUGRGCAGACACAGAGCCCAAGUGYUCAGGAUAAYCCUCCUAAACAAAUGAAGCCUGUGAAAGGUGAAAGCAUUGACAAUGAAGUAUCAGAUAAAUCUAGUCUUCAAAAAGAACUAAUGAGUGACAUAUAUGAAGCCUGGACACAAAGAAAGACCCUGCUGGAUAAGAUAACAGUCGUUGAGGCUGAGCUUAAUAGUAAUAGCUCAAACAACACUGAACCAUCUCACAAACCUGUUACCAACACACCCCAUAGCCGAUCAAGUUACACUGAUACUGUGCACAGGGAACCCAACUSUAGUGUUAGUGGCAUAGCAAAAMCAGAGGCUGUGAACCAGGUAUCAAGCCCUUAUGGUUURAAGAACACUGAUGCUAUCCAUAGGRCAUCCAGUAGUACCUCAGACACAMGACAUWAUGCAACCAAGCUUGUCCCUUCUAUAUCAUCACCCACAUCAAAAAGUAGUUAUUUACCAUUAACCAACAAAGUAUCAACCWAUGAUGUUUUUACUAAAGUUACUGUACCAUCAACCRUUCAACCAUUGGCUGUUCCAACAAAAACUACUCCCAUGGGAACAGGUGGACAGACAACAGGUCUAACCACGCCCAGUACUGGGGAACCAUAUGGUACCUCUGGUAUUAAACUACUUUGUGAUCUUCUAAAUGGGACUUUACCAGAAGUACCAUGUACUACAGUACCUUCASCAAGUACUUGUAGUAUUACCAACAAUUCACAACCAACUAUUGCUGGCCAUGCUACAGUAUCAUUACCUGGUCUUAACAACUUAAAUGGUGUUGGAACUACCUCAACAUCUMUACCAAGCAGUAGCCAGGUAUUUACUGGUCUCAGUCAUUCUCYAGCAARUGAUAGUAUUGGACGUAAGACAGUAUCGCCACCUGGACAAAACCAGUUGCUUYCAGGUAGACUAGCUAAUACUAACCAGUUAAAUACAAGUAUGGACCACACUACCUCAUCACUAACUGGMCAAAACCAUUUACUAGYUAGCACUAUUGGAAACACUUUACCAGUCACUAGUGUACCAAAGCCUUAUCGAACAAGUUCACCGUUUAGUAUCAGCAGCUUGGUUAAUACUAGUGCAGACGAUAGUAGAAGGGGCUCUAGUCCUGGAACUAGGGGUAGUCCUAGUAACYUACUGGCAAGUAAUUCUGCUUUAAAUAGACAAAGUCCCAUCGCCCAGUCUCCCUUACUAAGAAACACAGCAAGCCCUAAAGAAAUCCAGAAUARAAGUCCAGUCAACAAACCCACAGGAAGCCAAGCAAACAAAACAAAGUCGCCACCUUCUAGUAAUUUUAGCAUUGCACAUCUAACAAAAGACUUAAAGACUUCAGCAAACCAGGAUGCAUUAUCUGGGUUAAUGAACUGUUAUGAUCGUGAAUAUACUACAAUUCCUGGACUUCCCUUGAAAGAUACUAGGAUUAACGUACCCACACCAGUUCUUUCUCUGGAMAGGCAAACUGAACAACCAUCCAUCCCCAAUAGCAAAAAUGACAGAGUUGAAAUUACUCCUGUCAACACAGAGCCUAAGGGAGGGGAGGUUGGCACAACAGUUGGGGUUGCUGAUAGUCCCUCCAACCCWCCCCCCAAGAGAAGACCCGGUCGACCUCGAAAACAYCCUCCCAAACCAAAARUAUCAGAGCCAAAGGAAUCCCGCACUGCUGAAGUUACUUCGACGUUGUCACCAUCAAAGAAUAUUUCAUCGAGUGACGACAAAACUAAACCACGUGAUAACAUUCCAACACCUCCUGUUGCCGAGUCCUCCUCACUUGACAGCUCGGAUAUAGAGGUUAGCUCUCUACUGGCUAAAGAACCUGAACCGCAAUCUCCUUCUAUAUCAUCGACAGGACAUAAAUCAACAGAGGGUUUAGUUAGUGAAGGUACUCCUGGUCUGGUCGAUAGUAACCCUAGUUCAGCCUACAGUCCUAUUCAAAUGCCUCAACCAACAUCGUUAAAUGAUAGUUUAAACAUCGCAUUGCCWUCGUUUGGCAUGACUUUUUCACCAACUAAACCAGUYCCUUCAYUGGGAGACAAAGUUGACACUAUGAGACGACAAAGGAUAGAAAUGUUGUGACAAGUAGCCCAAGUACAAAGUCUAAACCCAAAAGAAAGCAGAAAGGUGCUCUUGGUUUGUUAAUGCAAUAUGACAGCGAUAGUGGUGGGUCAGCGGCUAGUGUUGAUAGUGAUAGUACCUCUAGUCAUAGUAUCAGUCCAUUGAGCUGCACUCCUCCCAGUCCUCCUCUGGAUAGGCUUUUAAGCCCAACCACGUGCACAGAGAAAGGUCCCAGUCCACUCGCUUUUAGUCACAAUGAGACAAAUAACAACACAAAACCCAAGAAAAGAGUCGCAAACAAGAAAACAACCGACAAGAAAAGAACUAGGAACAAGACACCCAAGUUAAACCAUGAUUCKACAUCGGGAUACGUUAACCACACUGCUGGACGAUUUACUAACCAUGAUACAUUAGGAUUUGUUAACCUYGGGGAUACAGUAUCCGGAGUGCAACAUUUAAAGAAUCAACGRUCACAGUCACCAGCAAUUGUUACCACGGCAACAUCAAUCAAUCCUCAGCUUACGUCACAGGCGAUGUACCCAAGUACCGGUUUACCUGGRUAUUCGUUAUCCCAAGGAUCCUUUCCAUUCCAAUCUGGAAACUUUUCUUACCCUCCAUCCAACUAUCAGCCGUAUCUGAACACWCCAAGUCAACCAUCCAGCGGUUUUUACCAGUGGGCUGGCAGCUUUCCUAGUAUGCCUUGUCAGAGUAAUUUUCCAUAUCUGAACUUUUCGAACAGUACUAGUGGUUCUAGGAAUGCAUUUAGAUAGGUAGUUUWCCAAAUUGAUAGUUGCACAACUUUUAUAUGUUUGUCAUCUCAGCCAUUUCCAGAAACGCUGACUAGAUAUGUUAUGUGAAAACGGUUGAAUGGCAUGUAGUUAAUGGAMCUUUUUGAAGACCAAUGAUUUUUUCAAUUAUAUUACAUGUACAUAGUUUGUUGAAUCGGAAAGAGUGAGGGACAGGGCCAACAUGUAUUCACUAGCAAUGAUAGUAUGUAAUCUUUAUAAUACAGAUGUUUAUUAUCACAUGUAAAUACGAUAUUUUCAUGUACAGAUAGUAUGAAGGUGUUAAUUAAUGUCAGACAACUAUUUGCGCAUGUCAACUUUGUGCAGUGAAAUCGCUAUUGGACCAUAGAAUAGAAGCUGUGUUCAUUGAGUGCAUUUCGUAAAGUCAAAUUCGAUUGCUUUCUUGUUAGCGGGCUGUUUUCAGAGAUAGAUGUGCUUUUAGUUUGAUUGGCGUCGGAAAAAUAAACUGGUUUUGGAUACCAUGAAAGGUUUCCGACUGACAAUCAUUKCUUCCGAAGUUUUCCGAUUUAUGUUCAUUCCGCUUUUUGUACCUUGGCUUGCCAUCAAGAGUUACCGGAAUGAGUCGGRUUUCUUCGGUUAACUCGUGGACUUUGCAAAACGAAAUGUCUCAAUGGCGCAUCAUUUUAUUACAAUCAUGGUUGUCCAUUUUAAAAUACUUUUAGCCUGUUUUCAACCGGUGCACCAAUAUUUUAUGAUAAUAAAACUUUAGAAAAGGC